GGACAUGUCCCGGGUUCAGCUCAGAACCGGGACAACCCCUGUAAGUACUACCUGCCUUAAAGAAAAAUCACGGAGGGGUCUAUUUUUUUCACAGACAUUGGAAAAAAGUUACCUAUUUUUACAGCUUGGAUGGUUGGCAUCCCUGAGCUCAUUGGCGGGGGUACCAAGGCUGGUCUCUUCUCAGGAUAGCGCCUCCAUAUACUAGAACUGCACAUCUAACAUGAACUUUGUCCCUCUUUCCUUUCUUUGAAAGUUGGGAGGUAUGUGAUGAGGAUGGUGGUUUGUGUAUGGAUCCUGGCGGCUGUCCAUUGAUAUUGGUGUGAUUACGUCACUACACGUGUAUAUACACGUGAUUUGGACAUUGAGGAAGACUCUGCUAUGGUUCCAAAUGUCCUGUCUGGUGAAUACAGUCUGCAAUGAAGUAGAUAGCAAACACAAGUCACGGACGGCAGCACAGACAGAUGCCAUGGAGGACAGUGCAGGAGCCCCGCCUCCCGCGGCUUCUCUGAGGGCACGGACUCCCUUCAAAACAACUUGAGGAGCGCCAGCUUAUUCUUUGUACUUAGUGCUAGGGCAGCGCUCUGCCUACUUCCAGCCAUGCGAGACUAUGAUGAGGCGACCUCCUUCCUCGGGGACUGGGGGCCCUUUCAGCUGACCAUCUUCUUCCUCCUCAGCGCCAGCACCAUACCCAAUGGCUUCAAUGGUAUGUCUGUCAUGUUCCUGGCUGCCACUCCUGAGCACCGGUGCCUGGUGCCCGACAGUGCCAACCUGAGCCAGGCUUGGAAGAAUGUCAGCAUCCCCUGGGAGGAGAAGGAUGGGCAGCCGGUGGAGAGCAGGUGCUGGAGGUACAGGCUGGACACCCUGAGGAACUACUCUGCCCUGGGGCUCCUUCCUGGGGUGGACGUCAAUGUGGAGGACAUCGAGAAGGAGAAGUGUCUGGACGGCUGGCGCUAUGACCGGGACCUCUACCACUCCACCGUGAUCACCGAGUGGGAUAUAGUCUGUGACAAUGACUGGAAGGGGCCUCUGACAACCUCUUUGUUUUUUGCUGGUGUUCUUACGGGGUCAUUUAUUUCUGGACAGCUCUCAGACAGCUUUGGAAGAAAGAAGGUUCUCUUUGGAACAAUGGCUGUACAAACUGGUUUCAGCAUUAUACAAGUAUUCUCAAUCAGUUGGGAGAUGUUUACUAUUCUCUUCCUCAUUGUUGGAAUGGGGCAGAUCUCCAAUUAUGUGGCUGCCUUUAUAUUAGGAUCUGAAAUACUUGGCAAGUCUGCUCGUAUCAUCUUCUCAACAUUAGGCAUCUGUAUAUUUUUUGCAGUUGGAUACAUGAUUUUGCCUCUGUUCGCCUAUUUCCUCCGGGACUGGAGAACGCUACUGAUGGCCCUGACUGUUCCCGGACUGCUAUGUGUCCCUUUGUGGUGGAUUAUUCCAGAAUCUCCUCAGUGGCUAAUAUCUCAGGGAAGGAUAGAAGAAGCAGAGGCUAUAAUAAGGAAGGCAGCUAAACAAAAUAAGAUGUCUGUACCUGCUAUUAUCUUUGGAACUGCUGAGCUGGAUGGCACCAAACAGCGCCAAAUCAGACGUUAUACUUUCUUGGAUCUACUGAAGACCAGCAACAUAGCAAUCAUCACAGUACUUACAAUCUUUUUUUGGUUGACUGUAUCUAUUGGAUACUUUGGCGUUUCCCUGAAUACCCCAAAUUUGCAUGGGGAUCCAUUUCUGAAUUGCUUCCUGCUGGCUGCCAUUGAAGUUCCAUCAUAUAUUAUAGCAUGGCUGCUACUUCGACAUGUACCCAGGCGCUUUUCAAUGUGUGGGACAAUGCUUCUUGGCGGUGUUGUGCUGCUUCUUAUACAACUUGUACCACAAAGUCUCCACAUUUUGUCCACAGUAAUGGUGAUGGUGGGAAAAUUUGGAGUUACAGCAGCCUUCUCUAUGGCAUAUGUAUACACAGCUGAACUUUAUCCUACAGUCAUACGAAAUAUGGGUGUGGGUAUUGGUUCUAUGUCUUCUCGAGUGGGAAGUGUAAUCUCUCCGUACUUUGUUUACCUUGGUGCCUAUAACAGGCUGCUGCCUUACAUCCUCAUGGGAAGCAUGACAGUAAUUAUGGGAGUUCUUGUGUUGUUCUUCCCAGAAACUUAUGGUAGACCGUUACCUGAAAAUCUGGACCAGACACAGAAUGUAAAAGGACUGUGUUGCAAAAAGAACUCCCAUAAUAAGUUUCAUGAAAAUUCGGACAAUUUGAAAAAUGGAAUCAUAUUAAUUACUACAAAGUUAUGAUGUUCUGAUUCAUUCUUUUAACCAAUAGGAUAUAUGUCUGUUGCUAAGUGUACUGUCCCUGGAAGCUGAUCUGACAUUUCUCAUUCAGUUUCUUUUGGGGGGUUUUAUGUUUGUAAAUUUGCAUUGUGUGAUUUUUGUUAAUUUCUGAUACAUUUAGGCCUUCACACAAUGCAGAUUUUGUUGCACAAUUUUCUGUGAUUGAAAAUCAGUUCCAUUCAUUCGAAUAGGGAGGCAAGGACACAGAUUUCUUCUAGACCCAUUCGGAUGGAUGAAACCGAUUUUCAGUCGUAGAAAAUUCUGCAACAAUAUCUGCUUUACAGACUGUGUUGCAAAAAUAACUCCCAUAAUAAGUUUCAUGAAAAUUCUGAUAAUUUGGAAAAUGGAAUCAUAUUAAUUACUACAAAGUUAUGAUGUUCUGAUUCAUUCUUUUAACCAAUAGGAUAUGUCUGUUGCUAAGUGUACUGUCCCUGGAAGCUGAUCUGGCAUUUCUCAUUCAGUUUCUUUUGGGGGGUUUUAUGUUUGUAAAUUUUCAUUGUGUUAUUUUUGUUAAUUUCUGAAACAUUUAGGCAUUCUGUGACUGAAAAUCUGUUCCAUUCAUUUGAUUAGGGAGGCAAGGACACAGAUUUCUUCUAGACCCAUUUAGGUGGAUGGAACCGAUUUUCAGUCGUAGAAAAUUCUGCAACAAAAUCUGCAAAGUGUGAAGGUACCCUUAGAAAUUCUGGUCAUUGAAUUAUGUCGACAUUCAGAUCUUUUGGACAUGUGUUUGUCAACCUAGUAUUUAUUAAAGGAUAACUGUCACACUUAGACCCUAAUUUCAAUUUUCAUAUAUGUAGUUACUAAUAACAUGAUAUUCCAGAAUCAGUUACUAUUAGACUGACCCCAUAUUUAAAGGAAACCUGU